CCACAACAGGGAAGGCUCGCGAGAGAGAAUUUUUGGACGAGUGAAUUAAUUCCGGUUUAACAAAAUGAAGCCCAUUCUAACCUUGCUGCCUCUGGCCUCCAGGGUUGGUGCUUAUGGCCCUAUGAGCAGAAGUGCUAGGACCUGUUUUCAGGCAAGGAGACUGCAUUUAGAGUCAAGUGAUAAUUCAGGGACCAAGACUGUUAGAGAUGUGAUAUCAAGCUUAUCAGCAAAAGUUGGUGCAGCUAAGAGUUUCACGCAAGUACUAGAUCGAUCCUUCCUGCUUGAACUCCUGCCAAAGUCACAGGAUGAAUUGCCACCAAGAAGCAUGAAGGACAGCUUUGACAGUGCAGUCAUUCCCCUCGAAAGUGAAGUGAGACUCAGGGAAAAAUACGUGACCUUCCUUGGAGGAGUGAGAGUUGGCAGACUUUUGGAAGACCUCGAUGUAUUUGCAGUAUGGCUGUGCUACAAGCACUUAGAAAAUCCCCGGCAGAAGGAAAACAUGCCGAGCCCAUACAGCAUUGUCACUGCUCUUGUUGACCGCAUUGAUUUCAAUCAGGGAGUAAUGCUGAGGCCAGACCGUGAUAUUCGAUUGUCAGGCCAUGUCUCUUGGGCCGGACGAUCAUCUAUGGAGGCCAUCAUUAAAGUGGAGCAGUUCAAUGAGGGAGAGUGGCAACAGGUCACCCGUGCUGUCUUUGUUAUGGUGGCUCGAGACCCCCUCAACCAAGGCUCAGCGCUUGUGAAUCCCCUCGUUCCUGAGACAGCGGAAGAGAAGAGAAUAUUCCAGGCCGGAGAGAUCAACAAGUUACACAGGAAAGUGAUCCAGCAGGAGAGCCUGUUUCGAGUCCCUCCAAAUGAGACAGAAAAGAGCCUCGUUCAUGAAGUCUUUAUGUCCAUGGCCAACCCAGAGCAGCUUUCUUUCGCUUCCAAGAAUGUUCCAGAGAACUCAGUCUGGAUGGAGAACCACAAAUUAAAGAACCUUAUUAUCUGUCACCCUGAGUCUCGCAAUAUCUUCAACAAAAUCUUUGGUGGAUUCUUGAUGAGGAAGGCAUUUGAGCUUUCUUGGGCUAAUGUCUCGGUAUUUAGCAAACAAAGGCCACGAAUUCUCCACAUAGAUGACAUCAUGUUCCGUCGACCAGUUGAGAUUGGGUCACUCCUGUAUCUAAACUCACAGGUUGUGUACACUGAGGGGACACAUAUUCAGGUCAGCACAAAAGCAAGUGUGAUGGAUGCUGUGACCUCAGAAAUCAGCCUCACAAACAUUUUCCACUUCACUUACGAAGUGAAGCAACCUGGUCCAACUGUCUUGCCUCGAACUUAUCACGAGGGUAUGUUGUAUCUUGAUGGCCGUCGUCAUUAUCAACUUGUCCGAGGUCUUCGCAAGUUCUAUGGCCAAGGAGAAGUGCCUUCAGACACUCGGAUUUAAAUAGAAUGGUCUAAAGAACAAUUGUUUGAUUAGACAUUUGAUACUGUAAAUAGAAUUAAAAUUAAAUGAGCAUACAUGAGUAUUGACACAUUCAUACAUACAUUAUGAAUAUUCAUAAGUAAAUAUAUUUAUAUUUACUGUUCUGUGUGAAUAUUUAUAUCAUUAUAUAUUUAUGUAUAUUAAUAUAUUUAUGUAUAUUAAUGUAUGUAUGUAAAGGUAACACAAGUCCUCAAGUGUAAACACUUAUAAGAAAUCAAAGCACAAAGUUUUGCUUUCUUUUUUUCAAGUGAAGAUUAAUUAAUCUGACUUUAUGCUAAUUGGUGUUUAUAGUUGAUUGGUAUGUAGUGCAUAAUCUAGUCUUUUCUUUUUUUUCUUUCUUUCUUUUUUUCUCUUUUUUUUUCUGUUUAUCUGUCUGUUACCUAAGAUUUGGCCAUAUUUUACUCACUUGUCUACCUAAGUAUCUUUUGUCAGAAUUUAAUCUGUCUGUGGCGGUGCUUUGCUUAAUUUAGAUUUAAGGUGGCUUUAAAAUGGGAAGCAUAAUGAGGGUAAAAGUCUUGAGGGGAUUUUUACUACUGAUUUUCACUGGCUGAUAUUUAUGGUGCUUGGAGUGGUGGGGGCUGCCAGGGACAUGUGUUUUAGAAAUGGGAAUCACAAUUUUUUCACUAAUGUGAUUGUCCUAACACCUAGUACAUACUGUACAGGUGUAAUUUAGACAUAUCACCCUUGAUAAACAAUGAAAACAAAUUAUGCAUGUGUAGGGAAAUUAAAAAAAAAACUGAACCUGUGAAAAACUACACAAACUUUAUAGCAGCUAAAAUUACCUGCAAAUACCUCGUCCAUCACCAAGACCUAUUUAUAUGAGCAGUGUUCGUUGUGACAAAUGUAGAAAAGGUAUGAAUUAGAAUGAAUAUCUUCACCAUGCGGGAGACGUAUUUCACUAGUUUCAAUUACAUCUUCCUCAGAAAUACAUGUAUGUACUUAUGGUUGAAUACAUCACUUGUAUUAUGAAGAUAUUGUUGUCAUACAUACAUUUUCUACCUAUUUAUAUGUGCGGUUAGUACUUAACACUUGUAUUUUUUUGCUUAGCUUUUGUAUUAAAUGGAAGGAAAAAGCUGUAGUAACUGACAAAAAAGAAAUCUUUGUUAUAUUGUAAAAUAAGUUUUAUAAGUUACUUCUUAAGAAUAUCUAAGAAUUGAAUGAUGUAAUGGAGCUGGUUAUACAGUUAUAUUAUUAUUUUUUUUUUUUUUUUAUAUAUCUCAUCUGUUUAAGAGAAAUAUAUACUUUUGAAAACAGAAUAUACA